AUGGCAAUUUCGUGGAAGUCCUUCGACUUCUUCGAAGUCUCCCAAGUCUCCCUCCCCGAUGACGAAACCCGUAGCCUGUUCGAUGCCAACGAAAUAUCCAGCAUCUGCUCCGGAUCCGACAGUCUCUUUCUUGGUGGCAGCGAUGGAUCCGUCAGCAUCAUCAGCAAGAGCUGGAAAGCAGUUAGGACAUUCCAGGCCCACGAUGCCGGACGAGUCACGCACAUGCGCCAAGUCGAGGGGACGAGCCUGCUCAUCACUGUCGCCGAGGACCUGAGCAGUGAGCCCGUUCUUAAAGCCUGGGCGCUGGAUAAGCUCGUCAAAAAGACCAACAUGCCAACCUGUCUGAGCACCCUGACCAUAAAUAACGGCCGACGGCAAUUUCCGAUUUCAGCUUUUGCUGCCUCCGACGACCUGUCCCAGAUUGCGGUCGGUUUUGGUAACGGUGCUGUGACGGUUAUUCGGGGCGAUCUCAUCCAUGACCUUGGCACCAAGCAGCGCAUAGUGUUUGAGUCUGAGGAACCAGUCACCGGUGUGCAGCUUGCGACGGACGAGAAGCUAACGACGUUGUUCAUCUCCACGACUACGCGGAUAGUCAAGUUGGGGUUGUCUAGGAAGGGUCAGGGGCUUCCUCCCAAGACUGUGGAGGAUAGCGGCUGUGCGUGGGGGUGCAUGACGUUGGAUAAAGAGACGGGCGAUGUGGUGGUGGCGAGGGAUGAUGCCAUCUACACAUAUUCGUUGGAUGGUCGAGGGCCGCCAAAGGCGUAUGAAGCUCCCAAGACCUUGAUUGCCAUGUAUGAGAAUUACGUGGCGCUCAAGUGUUUGCCGACGGGGGUCAAUGGACGGGAUCCGGAUAGUAUGCGACGGCGAUUCGGGGGCGGCGGUAACGACGACUUGUUUAACGCUACAAUGUUUGUUCUGCUGGAGCCAGAUCUGCGAGUCAUUGCGCACUCCGAAACAAUCAUGUCCCCUGUGAGGUUCAUCUUUGAUGUUUGGGGAGACUUGUAUACUAUGUCGGAGGAGGGCAAGAUUUAUCGGUAUCAUGAAAAGCCGUUGCAGCAGAGGUUAGAGAUGCUGUACCAACGCAACAUGUUUCCUCUUGCUAUUGAGCUUGCACAAGGCUCCGGAAUGGAUAGUCAGCAGCAGAGCAUCAUUUAUCGCAAGUUUGGUGAUCAUUUAUAUCAAAAGGCUGAUUACGACGGAGCCAUGAUGCAGUAUAUUCGGGCUAUCGAUACCACUGAGCCAUCGCAGGUUAUUCGCAAAUUUCUUGAUACCCAACGAAUACAUAAUCUCAUUCAGUACCUUGAACAAUUACACGAGCACAGAAAAGCUACGGCUGACCACACAACAUUGCUCCUGAAUUGUUACGCAAAGUUAAAGGACAUUGCCAAGCUAGAAAAAUUUAUCAGGUCACCAGGAGACUUGAAGUUUGACCUGGACACGGCCAUUGUCAUGUGUCGACAAGGGGGAUACUACGAGCAGGCCGCCUAUCUCGCCAAACGGCAUGGGGAGACGGAGCUUGUGGCCGAUAUUCUGAUUGAGGACUCCAAGAGCUACGGUGAAGCGCUGGGCUACAUCUGGCGGCAAGAUCCUGAAGUGGCAUAUCCAUGUAUGCAAAAGUACGCUCGGGUACUCAUCGAAAACUGCCCCAAAGAGGCGACGAAGCUCUUCAUCGAUUACUAUACAGGGAAAUACCGCCCAAGAAAGUCGACGGUUGCCAUCCCUGGUGAAACAUCAUCGACCGGAGGCCUCACAUCAGGCACGUCCAGUGCAGUGCAAAACCUCACUAAUUAUCUACCCUUUCCCUACAUGGGCACAUCCUCGGGACCAACGGCAACACCGGGCACGCCUAGUAACAUUAAGCAGCCGGCAAGCAACGGCACCCUCGAACUUGGCGAAGACGACCAUCCUCCGCCAAAGUACACGGUGCCGGCACCGCGAACUGCAUUUUCUUCAUUCAUCGACCACCCAGAUGAAUUUAUCACGUUUCUUGAAGCAUGUCUCGAGGAGGGAGAUUUGAAGGUUUCGGAUCGAACAGAUUUGUAUACCACUUUGUUUGAAAUGUAUUUGUAUAAAGCCAGCGAGAAGAAGGGCCACCAUCGGGAGGAGUGGGAGGGCAAGGCGAAGAAGCUGAUCGAGGGAGAGCACGUACCCAUGGAAAGCUCCAACGUGCUCUUGCUGUCAGACUUGUCCAAUUUCCGCGACGGCACUGUCUUGGUCAAGGAGCAGGCCGGGCUGCUUUUUGACAUCUUCCGAUCGUACACGUCUGCCAAGGACACGCGCGGCGCCAUCAAGGCUCUGAGAAAAUACGGCCCCGAAGAACCGCAAUUAUACCCAGCAGCCCUCGCAUACCUCACAUCCGACCCGAAAGUCCUCGAAGAAGCAGGGCCGGACGAACUGGCCAACGUGCUCUCCAAAAUCGACAAAGACGGGCUCAUGGCUCCUCUGCAGGUGGUCCAAACCCUCGUUGGCCAAUCAUCGGCCGGCGGCGUGGCGACAAUGGGCAUGAUCAAACCCUACCUCCACGACACGAUUACACGCGAGCGCAAAGAAAUCCAAGACAAUCGCAGGCAAAUCGACACCUUGCGCGUGGACACGGAAAAGCGGCGAGCCGAAAUUGCAGAUUUAGGCUCUAAACCGGCCGUCUUCCAAGCAACGCGGUGCUCGGACUGUGGACAGGGGCUGGAUUUACCGGCUGUCCAUUUUCUGUGCAAGCACAGCUUCCACCAGCGGUGUCUCCGUGGUGGCGAGGGCGACGAGGUGGAGUGUCCGCAGUGCGCGGGGGGGAAUGAUCUCAUCCGCAAGAUGAGGCAGGAGCAGCGGAAGGCGGCGGAGAAGCACGACCUGUUCAAGAUUGAGCUGGAGGGCAGCGAAGACCGGUUCGGGACGGUGGCCCGGUGGUUUGGCAGGGGGGUGAUGGACGGACAGAAUAAGGACGAUGAUAUUUGA